GGUCGGCAGCACCGGAAAAAACCCUAGCUAAACCCUUUUUCAUGGAUUUUCUAGUUAAACAAUUAACAUUAUUCCCCCUGCUUAUUACUGGAUUUUGCUAGUUGUUUCAUUGUUUCAUCUCUUCAUUUGGCGUGGUUGGUGGAGAUUAAUCAAGAUGAGUCACCAACCUUCAGUGAUUCUCGCGACAGCAAGUUAUGAUCAUACCAUCCGGUUUUGGGAGGCUAAGAGUGGACGAUGUUAUCGAACUAUUCAGUACCCAGAUUCUCAAGUUAAUCGGCUUGAAAUCACCCCAGAUAAACAGUACCUUGCUGCUGCGGGAAAUCCUCAUAUUCGAUUAUUUGAAGUUAACUCUAACAGUCCUCAACCGGUGAUAAGCUAUGAUUCACAUACUAAUAAUGUUAUGGCUGUGGGGUUCCAAUGUGAUGGAAAUUGGAUGUAUUCAGGUUCUGAAGAUGGCACUGUAAAGAUUUGGGAUUUGAGGGCUCCAGGCUGUCAAAGGGAAUACGAAAGUCGUGCAGCUGUUAACACGGUUGUUCUACAUCCAAAUCAGGUUCCUGAAGUUGAUACAGCUGUCAGGUCUCUCACCGUAAUGUGGGAUGGGAGCUUGGUUGUUGCUGCAAACAAUCAUGGAACAUGUUAUGUAUGGCGCUUGUUGCGUGGUAACCAGACAAUGACCAACUUUGAACCACUUCAUAAGUUGCAAGCACACAAUGGCUAUAUCCUGAAGUGUUUACUGUCACCCGAGUUCUGUGAACCUCACAGAUAUCUGGCCACUGCAUCAUCUGACCAUACUGUCAAGAUAUGGAAUGUUGAUGGUUUCACCUUAGAGAAAACCCUAAUUGGACAUCAGCGCUGGGUUUGGGACUGUGUGUUCUCUGUAGAUGGUGCCUAUUUAAUAACAGCAUCCUCUGAUACAACAGCAAGACUUUGGACUAUGGCAACUGGGGAAGCCAUAAGAGUAUACCAAGGGCAUCACAAGGCAACUGUUUGCUGUGCACUUCAUGAUGGUGCGGAAUCAUCUCCAUCUUGAAUCUGUACCAAUGAUAAAUGUCAUACACAAUACAUAAGAUGUUGAAUGGUGUUUCUUGUCA